AGAUAGAUGGGUGGGCGGGUUGAGUUUGCGCCGUGCAGUGUUCGGCGCGGAGGUUCCCGCCUCUCAGCGACGUAAUGACGGCUGAUUUGGGGCCGAUCUGACGGCUCUUCCGCGUUUACCAAGAAGUGAGGCCGGGUCUAGCACCAGGUCUUGGAUGUGAUGGAUUCUGCUGAUUUUAAGUUGAAUACCCUUCUCAUUGACAUCAGUGCGAACCUGGGCUCUGAUGAAUUGAAUGCCAUGAAGUUCCUUUGCCGAGAUUUAUUGAGCGUCAACCAGCUUGACAAGGCUGAUUCUGGGCUUGGUCUCUUCCAGGCGCUGCAGGAGCAGGGCUUCCUCGAUGUGUCUGACUGUUUCAUUGUUGCUGAGCUGCUGUACUGUAUCAAACAGUUCAGGCUCUUGAAUAGGAUGAAAUAUAACAAACAACAGGUUUGCAACGAGUUGAAGAAUCUGGGAAAGGCCAAGGUCUCAUCAUACAGACAGCUUUUGUUUGAGGUGUCAGAGGAUAUUACUAUGAAGGAUUUGGAUAUUGUAAAACAUUUAUUGCAUCGACAUUUUUCUAAAUCCAAGCUGGAAAAUAUCAAGACCAUGCUGGAUGCCCUUGUUGAAAUGGAGAAGGAAGGAUUGCUGGAAAAAUGUAACACAAAGCUACUAGAGGACAUAUGCAAAACACUCGGGGAAGAAUUGGUGGCCAAGUUUGAAAGUUACCGAAGAGAAGAAAGGAGGCUGGACAGGACAUCUGUUCCCUUGUUGACUCCAACUCCUGAGACUAGUUCUCCAGGGAACUCCGAUGUGUAUUUCAACACCGUCUCUUUGCCACCGUCUCUGUCCCCUGAACUGAGAAGAUCUCCCAGUCCAAGCUCACUACAGAAUUCAAUUUCACAACUUUCUGUCUCUCAAGAUAAUCAAACACUUGGACAGGGCGUCAGUAUCACCUCCAUGAUGAUUAAUGAGGGACAAGACAAGAGUGAGCAGGAUAGCAGUGAUUCUCAAGACAAGAGCAUCGGGCUUGUUCCUGAUCUUCAGACUCUGGGCAGCUACAAAAUGGAGAGCAACCCAAGAGGCUACUGUGUCAUAAUCAACAACUGCACCUUUGAAAAGAUGCCGCAACGCAGGGGAACGAAGAAAGAUGCAGGCCGACUGUGGCAGAUUUUCACCUGGCUAGGUUUCAAGGUGGAAAUAAAGAAUGACCUGCCUGCUGCACAUAUGAAGAAGGCGAUGGACGAGUACCGUAGUAAGGAUCACCGGCCCUACGACUGUUUCGUCUGCUGCAUUCUGUCCCAUGGUAGGAAGGGGGUCAUGUUCGGCACGGACGACAGGGAGGUGGCCAUUCGCGAUAUCACCUCCUACUUCUCUGCUUCGCGAUGCCCUUCCCUCCAGAAGAAGCCCAAGGUCUUCUUCAUCCAGGCGUGCCAGGGGUCGGAAAAGCAGGAUGGUGUUACAGUGGAGGAAGAUGGCUUUAUCCACCUGCUGGAGGAGGAUGCAGUCAGGGCCACCCGUUUCACCAUCCCUGACGAGGCAGAUUUCCUGCUGGGAAUGGCAACAGUGGAGGGAUACGUCUCCUUCCGGCACGUGGUGGAGGGAACCUGGUAUAUUCAGUCGCUCUGUGCCAACCUGGAGGAAUACUGCCCCAGUGAGGACCUCCUGAGCAUUCUGACCAUCGUCAAUAGGGACGUAAGUGAGAAAACGGACAAGAAUUUCAAGACCCAAAUGCCACAGCCCAGCUACACCCUCAGGAAGAAACUUUACUUCCCCGUUACAAAAAGUUUUGCUGAUUACCAAAAUUCCUCCUAGUUUUUUCUGCACCAACGUCAGGAGCCUCGUGAACUGGUGAUCCCUCGGUUUAACAGAGGCACUAAAGGAUCUGGGGUGUCGGGAUGUUUGGAGUCUGUGGGUUCCAGCUGUGAUGAGAGCUGGGGAGAUGCACAGAGAGAUCCAUAUGAGCCUCUGCUAGAUGGGUCCUAUUGAAUGUGAAUGCUGCUCUUCAGGCUGGGUCCUGUUUUUCCACAGAUUAUUUUAUGAUUCUACUAGGCGAUAUUUUCUAGCUAUUAUAUAUUUUGUAAGACAUUAAAAAAAAAAUUGAGAAU